AUGGAUUUAUCAAAGAGGCCAAAUGAAUUAAGACCACUUCAAGAAUAUUAUAUUCUUGCACCCGGUCAUAUUUAUCAAGCUCCUGAUGCAGCAUCUGUUAUUAGUCAUCGAUUAUUAACUGCUGUUCAUCAUUUUGGCAAAGCUUUUGAUGAAGCUGCUUAUCAUCCUUCAUCAGGUUAUUAUUGGAAAACGAAUAAUUCAUCUGAUGAAUUAACAAAGAAAGAUUCAUCGAAAAAUAAAGUUUUAACAAAUACUCAACGUAUUCGUUUUGAAACAAUAUUUCCUAAUUAUCAUGAUCGUUUUCGACCACAAAUACCAGCUGGAAUAACAACACAAACUGCAAUACCUCCUUCAACAACAAAUAAUGAAACUGCAACAAUUGCUGGUGGAGAUACAAAUCUUCCACGAAAAGAACAACGUACACCAUCGGAUUCACAAUCAACUACAGGUAAACGACCUAUGAUCGAAGUUAAAAAACAAAAAACUCAAAAAUAG